GGCCGAUAUAAAUAACGCGAGCAGCACCAAGCAUUGAGCGACGAAGAAAUUCCCUAUAAAGAGUUCAACCCUUUCUUCCACUUUUACCUGUCUUCGCGAUUGUAUCAAAGCCACCAAUACGCUGUUCUUCACGCGAAAAUGGCGACUCCGCAACGACUCGAGACGGUACGGCGCCUGCAGCUGGCCAUGGCGACGUCCUACAGCGCCAUGGGCGCGUGGUGCCUCGUCCACCCGUCGUCGGUGAUGGCGCUGGGGUUCACGCCGGCGUACGCGGCGCUGUGCAACACGACGACGGCGCUGCUGAUGCGCUGCUUCGGCGCGCAGGCCAUGACGUGCGGGCUCGUGCUAGGCACCAGCACUAUGACGCCACUCAGCUUUACCGCUUUUGGCUUGGCUAUGAUACCCUACGUCGGCUGGAACUUUUGGUUUAGCGCUGUUGGCCCUGCUGCUGGUGUUAUUUCGGGCCUGAUGUGGAUGGAUUUUGCUGGGAAUCUGUUCUUUGGUCUGGGGUCGCUGUACUGUGCGAGGCUGUUGAGAGAGCAGCAGCAGGAGGACGGUGCGAGGUUGCAGGGUGCAAAGGAGAAGGGGCUGUGAGCGAGGGAGUCUGGGAGGUUGGACUUAUUGAUGGUGAAGUUUUGUCUGUGUUUAGAUAUGGAUACCAAAAUCGUAGGACGGAUGGCUGAUACGGAGCUUUGCUUUACAGAUUUGUGUACAUUUACUACAUGUACAUUUACUACAUGUACAUGCACACGGAAUCCUUUUUCGGUUCCAGCCCAGCGACCAGAGGCCUGGAGAACUGGUUACAACACCUGAUUGGCGGGUUUUGAGAGACAAUUAAAAUUAAAACACAAAUCUACAGGGCAGGCCCCAAGUCUCACCCA